GUUUCUUUAUACAGUUCCGUUUGGUAAGAAGUAUCUUUUUGUAGGCUUAUGUGAUAAUAUUUUUCAUUUGACCUAUGCUAUUGUAUGCAAGGCAUCAUCAGUAUUAUUUAUGAAUAUAUACCGAUAUACGGGUGCCGUACUGAUAUAAGCAGAACAGAGCAUGGGGCCAGUUGCCAAAUAUGUGAAGAUUAGAGAUUAUGAAGGACCUGAAGAUGAACAGAGCUUGUUGGAGCUGCCUCCACCCACAGUGCUUAUUUCCAAUGGCUCACCCAGUUUUAGAAAAGCCGCUAUUUCUCAACGACGACAAUGGCAAACACAAUGCAUUGUACAUCUGUUUUUUCUAUUCAUACUGUCCUUGAUCGCUAUUGGAUUUCUUAUCAGAUAUCUACCAGAACAGGCACAAGUUCACAGCCACCAUCACCAUGAGCACACAGAUGGAAGUAUGGAAGAAGAACAUCACAAUGUAUUCCAUGAAGCUGCUGUUGCUGCAGGUCAAUUGGAAUGUUCCAUUGUGGGCCGAGAUAUUAUGAAAGUGGGUGGCAAUGCAGUUGAUGCUGCAAUUGCAACAACAUUAUGUCAGGGAGUUGUUGAGCCUUAUUACUCUGGAAUAGGUGGUGGUGCUAUAAUGACUAUAUAUAACUACACAACAAAAUCUACUACAUGCAUAAUAUCAAGAGAAAAAGCUCCUGCUGCUGCAACACCAGAAAUGUUCAUCGGCGACCGAAAUAGACCCAGAGGUGCCAAAUUCAUUGCCGUGCCUGGUGAACUUAAAGGACUAGAAUAUGCGUAUAACAAAUAUGGAAGUGGAAAAAUUACGUGGAAUGACUUGUUUCAACCAUCCAUUGAUAAAGCUAAGAAUGGAUUUGAAAUUAGCGGUUCUAUGGAACAGAAACUAAAAGAACUUUAUGAAAAAGUGAUAAUUCAUGAUAAAAAUUCAGUCUUUUGUGAUCUUUAUUGCAAUGAUGACAAGACAGGGGUGAAGAAAAAAGGAGAAACUGUGAAAAACCCAUUACUUGCUACUACAUUGUCGAAAAUUCAGCAACAUGGUAUAGAUGUUUUUUACAAUGGUGAAAUUUCUGAUUCUAUUGUUGAAGAUAUUCAAAAACUAGGUGGAAUCAUGACUAAGGAAGAUUUGGAGAAAUAUGAAAUUAUUGAAGAACCAGCGAUAGAAGUCAAGCUACCAAAUGCUGGAUAUACAAUUCAUGCCCCUCCAUUGCCGCUAGGAGGACCAGUGUUCAGCGCAAUACUCUCUAUUAUGGAUAUGUUUAGUAUCACACCAGAGCAUUACAAACAGAAUAUGACGCUACAAUGGCACAGAACUGAUGAAGCUUUUCGACACACAUAUGGCGUUCGCUAUAACAUGGGUGACCCAAGUAAAGUGCCAAGCAGUCAGAAAAUAGUAGAUGAAAUCGUGUCCGGUGAAUUCGCCAAAUCUGUAAAAGGCAAAAUUUUUGACAAUAAAACAUUCCACGAUCCUAAAUAUUACGGAGCGAAUUUUCUAAACGCUGGUAAAUCUUCAACGAGUCAUUUAUCUGUACUGGAUUCAGAAAAGAAUGCUGUUGCGAUUACGUCGACGAUAAACUAUCAUUUUGGAGCGUUUAUUAUGUCACCAACAACAGGCAUUGUUUUUAAUAAUGAAAUGGAUGAUUUUUCAUUUCCGACUGGUGAUCCUACUCAUGAUUCUCAAUUGUCUCCAGCGAAUCAAAUUGAAGGAGGUAAACGUCCUCUGUCAUCAAUGACUCCUGUAAUCAUUUCUGAUGACAAAAAUCAAGAUCCUGUGUUUAUUAUCGGUGCUGCAGGUGGAAUACGGAUACCCACUGCAGUUGCUCAGGUCAUGCUAAGAUUACUAUACUUUGGUACUGACGACUUUGAUGCUCCAAUUCAAGAAAGAAGGUUGCAUGACCAUUUAGUGCCAGAUGUGUUAGAAUAUGAAACUGGUUAUGAUCCAGAAGUUAUAAAAAAAUUGAAAGAAAUAGGACAUUAUGUGAAAAUUAUGGAUGGUGAAAGUCACGUUAAUGGUAUAAAAUAUCACACAUCUCACAUUCAUGCAUUCUCUGAUCUAAGAAAUGAAGGUGCAGGACCAAGUGGUUGGUGACGAAAAGCAGAACCUCAAAUUCAACAGAAUUUUAAAGGAUUUUUAAGUUGAAAAAAUUGUUUUUGAGAUUCAUUUUCUUAUAAAAACAAUUCUUAUUGUUUUUAAUUGAACUUUUAAUAUGGUAAAACAUUGGUGUUGUUUUAUGGUAUGGUUGUCCACUGUUAGUAUUUGAUUGUUAAAAUAUUUUACGAUACUUUUACUAACCAGCUUCAAAUAUUAUAUUUUAUCCAACCCUAGUGCACUAAAAUUAUGAUGUAUGAUACGUUUUGAAAAACUUGACAGUUCGUGACUUUUGACACAAAGCAGUCUUAUCUUUGUGAAUGUUGCAAAUUUUGAGAAGCACAAUUCGUUGAUAGUUAACAGUUUGAAAAACAAUAUUGGUUUAAGUUUUUUUUUUAAAUUUUGUUGUAAUUUCGUUCCGUGGGACUGAAAGCCAAUAAAACAAAUGAAACGGAGUCCAUAUCAUGAUAGACUAUGAUUUCAUCAAUGAAGCUUUGUGAGACCAUAUUGUAAGUGCUAGUUGACAUGUCACAUGCGCUCACAGUGCUGGGAUGAUGCUAGACAACUUCAUGGGAUUUUCAACUGUUCCACACACGCAAAUGUAGUCUCAGUUUCAGAUUUACAACCAGUGUUUUCAAAUUUUAUUGUGUAUUUUCUUGAAAUUUUUCAAUUUUAUAUACUAGAAGAGCAUUGCAAAAAGUCUUUGAAUCAAAUUCAAUCAUACGCUAAUUUGGCAUGUUUUUUCUAAUCCAAAGAAUUAUGAAGUAUUUUAAAAAAUAAUUUCAACAGAUAUAUUCUUGAAUAGGAAGUGCUGUCAUCAGCAUAACACAGAUGGAUUGGACAGUAUUGUCAUCAAGUAUAUGCUAUAUGUUAUUAGCUUGAGAUUUUUGACUGAUUUCGUGCACUAAAUUUUAUAUUUAUUAUCACUUUUUCUAUUAUUUUAAAUUAUUGCCUAGUUCAUGGAUUGGCAAUUACUUUUUUGAGUGGGCUAGUUACAGAUAAUAGAUUUGGAUACUAUGCCGGUGGCUCAAAACUCAAUAUGAAAAACAGUUCAUUUACGAGAGCUUGUCCCACUGCUAGGCUAACGUUUAUAUAAUGAUAAGAGGCACAAUGUAACAAUCGGGGUCAAUAUGAUAUUAUUUUCAUUGAUAUUUUCGGCGAAAAUUUAUAUUCUUAAAGAAUAUAGCCAUAGUUUCAGCAGACACAAGCCACUGGCUGUAAUUACCCCCCCCCCCCCCCCCUUGGUCUUGUUGCAUUAUAGAAGUAUUCAACUUUUAAUGUUCUACAUAACUUUGGAAUGUUUGCCCUGUCUAUAAGAAAUGGAAUAUUCCCAGCUUGGAAUAGCACUUGAGCUUCCACCUGUGAUACCAAUAUAUUAGCUAGCAUGCCAACCACCAGACUAGGUCUUUACUGUCUGUGUGCUCGGGGAUUGAAAGUAAAUUUUCAUUUGUUAAUUAUCGUAUUUUUACUAACGAUUUUAAACCGCUAAAUACUUGAACUUUUUAAAAUCUUGAAGUGACUAUUUUCUCGCCGUCUUGGAUAUUAAGAUAUUACUUUUUGGAAAUGCUUGUGUGCCACUAGCUAGGUUGCAAACUUAGUAGCGUUUUGUUGUUUGAGUUUUGAACAUAGUAUAUUCAGAAUCUAAUAUACUUUUCAUAUAAUGAUCCAUUGGUGCUAAUAAUAUCUUACAAGGACAUCAAAACAUAGCUUCUACUGAAUUGCUAAUAAAGUCAACUUUUUGUGGUGUCAUCAUCUUUGACACCAACCUCUUCUUAGAAAUUUUGAUUUGUGAUUUGUACGCAUUUUUUGCAACUUGAUCCCAUUUGGAAUGUGCAGGGUGACCCCAAAACAGAACCCACAUGUCUUAACUAUAAGGAAAAUUCAUUCAACAGUUAAAUUUGGUAUGACACCCAAAAGUUAUAGUUAGUUAUUAUUAUUAUGCGUUACACAAUAGUUAUUGUACUGUUUUUUAGAGGUUCAACCUGUAUUAUUUAUACUUGUUUCAAAAAAUCUGGUUUUAAGCAUUCAGAUAAAUUGAUUUUCCAGUCUUAACCAUCCAGUGGCAUUUUAUGGGAUAUUAGAGUAAUGAGGUAUCAUCUAGGAAAAAGCAUUGGGAUGGUUUCACAAAUAUGGCCUCCAAUCUUGGUGAUUUCCUUGUCCUGUUUGUAUUACUCAUUCUUUUGGUCUUUAAUCUUUUAUGGAAAUCCUGCAUCCUUUUAUGUUAUGCAAUUUUUAAUUCUGAAUAUUUCAUCCUUAUGAAUUGCAUAUUUACAGUUGUUAAGUUAAAGUAUUACUUCAAGUGUUGCAGAAUGUAGUAAACUACUAUUCUGACAAAAAAAAAACUCAAUCAGCAAUCGGAAAUGAUUACUUGCUUGCUACCUAGGAUCCAACCAGUGUUCACCUAAUGAAAAUCAUAGCACUAAUAUGAUUCUCAAUAUCUAGCUAAGAGCUUAUUGAUGUACAUUUUCUGUUCCAUGUGCUUUGGUUUUGAAAUAUUUUGACUUUGUGUAUUAGUUUUCGUUAGAAAAUCAUACAUGUGAAGGUUGAGAAAAAUUUAACAAUAACGAUGGGGUAAAUUUUGUAAUUUCAACAAAUUAUAUCAUUUUAAAAAUUUAUUUCAUACAUUUAUUUUUUCAAAAGUAUACCUCAAAGUACACACGCAAAAAAAUAUUUCAACUUUUUGGCAGAGUAAACAUUUUGUUGGAUGUUGAAUGAUUGGUAUUGUAAGUCAAAGUCCGUCUACCUGGUUUAUUCGCUGAUAUCAUAUUGCAGUUUUGAUCACAGCAAUAUAUAUAUUGCAGAUAUUGCAGUAAUCACUUAUGCUUACUCAAAGACAUAGAUAACAUUUACUAGUACUCUACUAAUGAAUUUGUAUAAUGUAAAGUAGUACUAUAAUUAUUUUUGUUCUGUGAUCAUGUUAAUAUUGCUCAUUUUUUUCUGAGAGUAGGUAAUUUAUCAAGUGUUUUAAUUUUUCAAAAAAAUGUUCUACUAUUAGAAAUGAGGUUUAAUUUUGAAUUCUGUUGUCUUCCAGACUAAUUCCUGAUUAAAUUUAAACAUAUAAAUAUGAAAGAAUAAAAA